AUGAACCAGAACAACCAUACCUGGGUGACAGAAUUUCUCCUUCUGGGACUUUCUGAUGACCCUCAGACUCAGCUGCUACUCAUUAUAUUGUUUUUGGGGGUCUACUUAGUCGCUGUGCUUGGGAGUUUACUCCUCAUCUACCUAGUUCUAACUGAUUCCCAGCUCCAUACACCCAUGUACUUUUUCCUUUGUAACUUGUCUCUGGCAGACCUUGGCCUUUCUUCUGUCAUAGUUCCCCAAGCAGUAGUUCACAUGCUAACUAGAAGAAAUGUCAUUUCCUUCCUUGGAUGUGCAGCUCAGAUUUUUUUUUCCAUCAUUUCUGGAGCUACACAGUGUUUGUUAUUAGCUGUGAUGUCCUAUGACCGGUAUUUAGCAAUCUGUGACCCCAUGCAUUACUCUCUCAUCAUGACAGGGAAGAUAUGUGGCCAACUGGCAUUGGGGUGCUGGGUCAGUGGCAUUGUAACAUCCUCAGUGGAUACUAUAUUCACAACUUGCCUCCCCUAUCAAGGAGACAAUAAGAUUGCUCAUUUCUUUUGUGAUGCCCCAAUUCUCUUAAGUCUGGCAUCUGGAGACACUCAUAAAGCAGAGAUAGCCAUUUUUUCCAUGGGUGUAGUGAUUCUUCUUGUACCUGUGGCCCUGAUCCUGGUCUCCUAUGGUGCUAUUAUAGUGACUGUCAUAAGGAUGAAGACAACCUCAGGAAGACUCAAGGCUUUUUUCACCUGUGGCUCCCAUCUCCUUGUGGUCAUCCUUUUUUAUGGGACACUAAUAAUUUCUUACAUGACACCCAAGUCCUCCAGGGAGCAGAUGAAGCGUGUUGCUGUGUUCUAUGGUGUCAUAAACCCUAUGCUUAACCCUCUCAUCUACAGCCUAAGGAAUAAGGAUGUGAUGAGGGCAUUCAAGAAUGCAGUCAAUAGGAGGUAA